AUGAGGUUGAAUGUGGGAAUACAUGGUGAACUGUACAGAGUCCAUGGGAGAAAACAGCGAUGUCCCAGACAGAGCAGUUUUGAAAUCCUUGAAGACAACGAGGAGAGUAAUUGUAAAAUUCAUGUCCUUGCUCUUGUGCUGCAUGGUGGUAGCAUACUAGACACAGGCGGAGGGGACCAAAACAGCAAGGUGGCCGAUGUCAACACAUUUAGCUCUGUGUUUGAGAAGGUGACCAGAGCUCAUUUUCCAGCCGCUUUGGGUCACAUACUUGUAAAGCUCGUCCAGUGCCCUGCUAUAUGCUCUGAAGCUUUCUCAUUGGUUUACAAUCUUAAUCCUUACAGCUACGAUGAGAACUGCCUGAGCAUUAGUGAAGAUCACAUUCCUUUAGCUGCAUUGCCACUACUGGCCAUUUCCUCCCCGCAGUACCAAGAUGCAGUUGCAACGGUGAUCAACAAAGCUAACCAAGUUUACAAUGAUUUCCUGAAGUCUCCAGAUGGAGCUGGCUUUAACGGACAGGUAUGUCUGAUCGGAGACUGUGUGGGAGGAAUACUAGGGUUUGAUGCCUUGUGCUACAGCUCAAAGACUCCUGGAGAAAGCCAGAACAGCAGCAGGAGAGGAAGUGGAAGCAGCAUACAGGAAAGUCCCAUUGUGUGUGAAAACGCUGGUUUACGGAGUACUAAGCGCCUCAGCAAAAGCAAUAUUGACAUCUCUGGAGUCUUGGAUGAUGGAGAACCGCGGCAACCUUUACAUCGGAAGCAGAGUGACUCAUCCACUUACGACUGUGAUACUAUAACACAGCACCAUGCCUUCUUAUCUAGUAUCCAUUCAAGUGUUUUGAAGGAUGAUGUGGAUUUUCCACGAAGCGGAAGCUCCAACCUUUGUGAAGUUAUGCUUGGGCGGUUUGAUUUUGAAGUGUCAGACUUCUUCCUCUUCGGUUCACCCUUGGGAUUAGUGUUGGCCAUGAGAAGGACUGUACUACCUGGUCUAGAUGUGUGUAGGGCUCGUCCUGCCUGCAGCCAGGUCUACAGUUUCUUCCAUUCCGCCGAUCCAUCUGCUUGUAGGCUGGAGCCUCUACUAGAGAAGUCCUUCCACAUGCUCCCCCCAUUUAAUGUGCCCAGAUAUCAGAAGGAUCCACUUGGAGAUGGAAAGUCAUAUCUUUUAGUGGAUGCUAUACAAGCCUGCAGUGCUGCGUUUGCAGAACAUACAACAUCCAACAACACCACUUCUACAGAAACAACAGCACUUCCUAAUCAAUCAACCCCUACUCAGGCAAAAGGCAGAAGAUCAAGUUUGGUGAGCAUGAACAGUGAGAUGUCAGGGUCCUCGGAAAGCCUGCCCUCUGCCAAGAUUGCUAACAUUACCGCAAAUUGGUGGGGAACAAAGCGUCUGGACUAUGCCUUAUAUUGUCCCGAUGUCCUCACUGCCUUCCCGACCGUGGCUCUGCCACAUCUUUUCCAUGCAAGUUACUGGGAAUCUACUGAUGUGGUGGCUUUUAUUUUGCGACAGCUUAUGAGAUAUGAAAGUGUGCAAAUCCAACAGAAAGAAGGCAUUGACACCAUGAAUAUGAGCCCUUCCAGUAGACAAGAGAAAUGGCUACGCAAGAGGAAUCACGUCAAAUUACGGAAUGUAACAGCCAAUCACAGAGCCAAUGAUGUAAUUGCUGUGGAAGGUGGUCCUCAAGUCCUGGUUGGUCGUUUCAUGUAUGGACCAUUAGACAUGGUAGCUCUGACCGGAGAGAAGGUGGACAUCAUGAUCAUGACAGAACCAUCCAAUGGCAGAUGGGUGUACUUUGAAACAGAGAUUUCCAACAGCAGUGGACGAGUGUCUUACAGUAUUCCAGAAGAUAAGAGGUUGGGGGUAGGAGUUUUCCCCAUUAAGAUGGUUGUAAGGGGGGAUCAGAGCAAUGCCCAGAGUUACCUGACAGUACUGCCCCGUGGCAUGGAAUGUGUCGUUUUCAGCAUAGAUGGCUCUUUUGCAGCAAGUGUGUCCAUCAUGGGCAGUGAUCCCAAAGUCAGGGCCGGUGCAGUGGAUGUGGUCAGGCAUUGGCAAGACUUGGGUUUUCUAAUAAUCUAUAUAACCGGACGUCCAGACAUGCAGAAACAACGUGUAGUCUCGUGGUUAUCACAGCACAAUUUUCCGCAGGGGAUGAUCUUUUUCUCUGAUGGCCUGGUGCAUGACCCACUGAGACAAAAAACUAUUUUUCUCCGGAAUCUAAUGCAAGAGUGUCACAUUAAGAUCACUGCUGCGUAUGGCUCUAUGAAGGACAUAUCUGUCUAUAAUGUGCUUGGGCUGUCACCAUCUCAAAUCUAUAUUGUUGGGCGCCCAGCAAAGAAAUAUCAAAACCAGUGUCAGUUCCUAAGUGAGGGAUAUGCUGCUCACUUGGCCUCUCUAGAAUUUGGCCACCACUCCCGUCCUAAGAAGAACAAUUCCCGCAUGAUCCUGAGGAAAGGUAGUUUCGGCCUGCACACUCAGCCUGAAUUCCUGCGGAAAAGGAACCACCUGCGCAGGACUAUGUCCGUUCAACAGCCUGAACCACCCUCCACAAACCCCAAACCAGAAAGAGCACAGAGCCAACCAGAAUCGGACAAAGAUCACGACCGGCAUUUAAACCCACUCUCUUGGGUGAGGAAUGCAAGUCAUAAAUUCGAACCCUCACCAUAACAAAGAUGAGUGUUCCUAAUUUAAUGUGCACAUGAUAAAUAGGCCUUAGGAAAUGUGAGGGAGGAAGUGCAGCAUGCAAACAGCAAUAUGACCGAUCUGUGGUGGCCUUCCAUAUGAUCCUCCCCACAAAUGGUCAACAAGAGGGCACAGAUAAGAACUAUCAACAGUGGCAGAUCA